AUGGAUCUCGUCAACAAUCUCAACGACCGACUUCUCUUCGCCGUCCCCAAGAAGGGCCGACUCUACGAGAAGGCCGUGGAGCUGCUCAAGGGCUCGGACAUCCAGUUCCACAGACACAACCGACUGGAUAUCGCUCUUUCCACCAACCUGCCUCUGGCUCUGGUGUUCCUGCCUGCUGCCGAUAUCCCCCGAUUCGUCGGAGAGGGUCGGGUUGCUCUUGGAAUCACCGGAAUCGACCAGGUCCGAGAGGCCAAGAUGGAUGUCGAGAACGCCCUUGAUCUGAACUUUGGCUCGUGUAAGCUGCAGGUCCAAGUGCCCGAGAAGGGCCCCUACACCGACCCCAAGCAGCUGAUCGGAAAGAGCAUUGUCACUUCCUUCACCUCUCUGGCCGAGGAGUACUUUGCCGAGCUGGAGGGCGUCCCCGUCAAGGACAUUACCACCAACAUCAAGUUUGUCGGAGGCUCUGUGGAGGCCGCCUGUGCCCUGGGAGUUGCCGACGGUAUCAUCGAUCUGGUCGAGUCCGGAGAGACCAUGCGAGCUGCCGGUCUUAAGCCCAUUGCCACUGUGCUCGAGACGUCUGCCUCUCUGAUUGUGUCCAAGAAUCCCUCUCACCCCGAGCUGGUCCAGAUGAUCAAGAGCCGAAUCGAAGGUGUUCUUGCCGCCAACAAGUACGUUCUGUGCAACUACAACGCUCCCAGAGACAAGCUAGACGCUCUUCUCAAGAUCACACCCGGCCGAAGAGCCGCCACCGUGUCUCCUCUGGACGACGAGGGAUGGUGCGCCGUUUCCUCCAUGGCUGAGAAGAAGAAGAUUGCCCAGAUUAUGGACGAGCUGAAGAAGGAGGGUGCUAGUGACAUUCUGGUGUUUAGCAUUUCCAACUGUCGUGUUCAAGCAUCAUUGGGCGAUCGAAUUGGAGGACUGGAUGCGGAACCUAAGUCAAUCUGGCUCAAGAGAAUCUCGAUGGAUUCACACCACAACUGUACAAUAAGUACCGCUUGUACACCACCUGUAUGUAUAGAUAUGAAUAGAUGA